CACCGGCAAAAAUUCUGGGGCACUUGACGAGCUAACCUGUGUCGCUGGGUGUCCGGCACACAACAGUUCGCCGGAGGAGGUCGACGGCGCAACACGGAACCAUGGCGAUGUCAGGCUGGACCAUACUCGCGCUGCUGGCGCUCUGCCACUCAAGCAUAGCAUUUAGGAAGUUCCCUGAAGGGUUCACUUUUGGUGUGGCAACUGCUGCCCAUCAGAUCGAGGGGGCCUGGAACGUCAGUGGCAAAAGUGAAAAUGUCUGGGACCGUUUGUCUCACUCGCGCCCCGAGAUGAUCGCCGACGGCACCAAUGGUGACAUCGCUUGCGACUCCUACAACCGCUACAUGGAGGAUGUUGAGGAGCUGACCUACCUCGGCGUGGACUUCUACCGGUUCUCACUGUCAUGGGCUCGCAUCCUGCCCACCGGCCGCAUUGACGUCGUUAACCCCGACGGCAUUCGCUACUACAACGACCUCCUUGAUGCUCUUGCUGAGAAUAAUAUCGAACCCCUCGUCACCUUAUUCCACUGGGACUUACCCCAAGCACUACAAGAUCUUGGAGGUUGGGCAAACCCUAAGAUGAUCCAUUACUUCCGUGACUACGCCGACUUGUGCUUCAAAGAGUUCGGAACCAAAAUCAAAUCUUGGAUUACCUUCAAUGAACCUUAUGAGAUCUGCGAAGAUGCUUAUGGUGACGAGAAGAAAGCCCCAGCAGUUGACAGCCACGGUGUUGGCUGCUACUUGUGCAGUGACACUCUGCUGAAGGCUCACGCAGAAGCUUACCACUUGUACAACGAAACCUACCGCCCUGUUCAAAACGGAAGGAUCAUGAUCUCCAUCAACUCCAUCUGGUAUGAACCUAGCGACCCUGAAAGUGCUGAGCAAGUAGCGCUUGCUGAAGUGGCUAACCAAUUCAAGUUCGGUUGGUUCGCCCACCCAAUUUUCACCUCUGAUGGAGGAUACCCAUCGGUCAUGGUUGACAAUGUAGCCCGCCAGAGUGCUGCUGAGGGCCUUUUGAAAUCCCGCCUGGAGCAGUUCGAUGCAUACUGGAUCCAGAGGAUUAAGGGCACGUCAGACUUCCUGGGUAUCAACCACUACACCACGCACUUGAUCACCGGCGCUGGUGUCGACCCUAUCGCUAAGUCACCCUCGUGGUUGAAGGAUAUCGGCGCAGUUACUACUAUGGAAGUCGGUGGUGAUUCAGCUUCAGAAUGGCUUCGAGUAGUGCCAACUGGCUUCGCUAACCUGCUGCGUUGGUGCAAGAGCUCAUACAACGACCCACCGAUUUACAUCACGGAGAACGGAUUCUCUGACUACGGUACCUUGCUGGACUACGGCCGCAUCAAGUACUUCAACGACUACCUGAAUGAGAUCCUGAAUGUGAUCUACGAUGACGGAGUCAAAGUCCUCGGCUACACCGCGUGGACGCUCAUGGACAACUUCGAAUGGAGGGCUGGAUUCUCUGAACGAUUCGGUUUAUACUACGUGAACAUCACGGACCCAGCGCGGCCCCGCAGGCCCAAGCUAUCAGCUGAAUACUUCAAGGAGCUGUGCGCAACGCGCGAGCUGCCGAAGGACCCACGCUUCUUCGAACCCAGUAUUGCAUACAACUGAAGCUGAGGUGUUGGGUCGAGCGUGGUAACAACUAGUAUUGUAUUAUAUUUGUAUUAAAAGGCAGCAUGUGUGCACUGCUUGUUAUCGUUAACAAAUAAAUAAUUUAAGCGUU